AUGGUCAAGUUGUAUUUGGAAACUGGAAAAGUUGCAUUUAUUGGUCACCCCGGAGUCACAACUUCGCUGAGAUGUCUUAACGAUGUAGUAAUGUACGCGCCCGCUACCGCGGCCAUAUUUUUUGCCGCGCUAACCACCCUGCCUUGCAAAGGUACCGACGCAGAUACAUCGACAGUACCCGAUAAGCCAGAAGUAUUCCAGCCAAGUGUCAACAUGUUUUACCAAAUGCUCCACGGCUCGAUCAAUGAGACGAAACCGGACUCCAUGCCUAGCUUCGCGUAUAUAAAUCCUAUAGACAAAUUCGUAUGCUGUCGUGAUGUUCCAGAAGAUGCAAACGAGACAGAUAGGUUUAAUGGUGCUAUUCCAAGUGUUAAGAAGCAUAGAAAGAGACGGGUAGAUAUUAUACGGCAAAAUGAAAAUGCUACCUACGCGCGUAGGGUGGAACUGACGACGAUGGUCUCUUUUGAAAGGAGGAGAAAACCGGGGGAAACCGGAUCUAGUGCCCCGUUGCUGAAUUAUAUCUUCGAUACAUAUACUAACACGCAUCAACAUAGAAAUGAAAGACCAGGCAAUGGAAACAGUAUCUACGUAGCUGCAGCACCAGAGAUCGAGGCUCUGGUCGGCUCAACAGCAUACAUGGACUGCAAAGUGGACGCCCUUCAUGAUAAACUGGUGUCUUGGGUUCGUCGGAAAAGUGAUGAAACGCCUAUGGAGUUGUUGACGACCGGAACUCAACUUUAUACAGCUGAUAAUAGGUAUUCGGCCCGCUUUAUCCCACCAGACAUCUGGAGAUUAGAAGUCAAGUCGGUCCGGCCUACGGACGCGGCCUUUUACGAUUGUCAGUUAUCAGCACAUCCACCUAGAACCGCAAGGGUCACACUUCGAGUCCCAGAAGUGUCUGUGCGCAUCGUUGAUGGCGCCGGAGCGCUAGUCUCCGAGCAAGUGUGUGAAGUUGGCAGCACCGUGGCACUUCGCUGUGAAGUGAGAGGGCUGAAGAUGGAAGGUGGGCCCUCACUGCUGUGGCAUAGGAGGGAGUUCCUACUCAAUGACGAUACGACUCGUGGCGGUAUCAGUGUUCGCACGGAGUUUGGUGCGAAUGGCGCGAAUUCCGUUCUACGCGUUGCACGUGUGCGAGGCGCUGACGCUGGGCGGUAUUCGUGCAGCGUCGCGCGCGCACCUCCGCCCGCCCCACCGCCAGCGCACGUUAUGUUACACGUGAUCAAAGGUGAGAGUCUAGCUGAACUGCAUCAAGGCGUCAAUUCUACUAAAGUCAACUACACCAUCGUAAUAAUAUUGACGCUGUGCGUCAUUUUACAAGCUAUCUACAUUAUUUAA